AUGCCCUUCUUGCAAGUGUCGGUCGACACCGUCGAAUUCUGGGAGGACUAUGGCCAAGCGGAGGCACCGGAUGUUCUCGCAGCCCUGCAAGGGACUUGGUACACGAAGGACGGCGGGUAUCGAAUCGGUGAGCUUUGCGGUCGGAGCAUCCUUUGGGAUGUGUCCUGGAACAUGCGUCCACCUAUUUCCGGCCUCACCCUGCUGACGCCAAGUACAGUGAGCCUACAAUUGGAGAAUGUCACGCACUUCGGUACACUGCAGCUAGAAGCCCAGCCGACGAUCUUCUGGGACACCCAACACAUCUGGCUGAAAAAAUAG